GAGCCCUUCCGCCUCGGUAGCUAUGGAGCCUGUCGAGCUCAGGCUCCUUCCAUCGGGCCCUUGCCCCUUUUAGGGGGUGUGUGACGUCGAGUGAUUGGCGUGCGCCGUUGGCCCGCGCCCCGCCCGCUUGGGAGGCGGGGGCGGGAGAGCAGCGGGGUUGGCUGCUUGAGGGCGCCGCGGGACGAGGAAGAGGCGACGGCGGCGGAGGGGGCUGGGAAGAUACCACUGACGUGAGAAGAGGAGGGGGGGCGGAUACGAUAUUCGGGCUAUCCCUCAACACCCCCCACUCCGCCCUGUGGAAGAUCCGGUAAGAAAUGGAGGGGAGCAAAGGCUCGGGACCUCAGUGAGGUCGAUGGGGUACAGUGAGGAGGUUUUUCUUUACCUUGGGUUCGUUACCAACAUGGGAGAGAUUAAAAUCUCUCCUGACUAUAACUGGUUCAGAAGUACAGUUCCUCUAAAAAAGAUUAUAGUAGAUGACGAUGACAGUAAAGUUUGGUCGCUCUAUGAUGCAGGACCCCGUAAUAUUCGGUGCCCCCUUAUAUUUCUCCCACCUGUCAGUGGAACGGCUGAUGUUUUCUUCCAGCAGAUUUUAGCCUUGUCUGGAUGGGGUUACAGAGUCAUUGCUCUGCAGUAUCCAGUUUACUGGGAAAUUUUUGAGUUCUGCGAUGGAUUCAGAAAACUAUUAGACCAUCUACAGCUGGAUAAAGUCCACGUCUUUGGUGCUUCCUUGGGGGGCUUCCUUGCUCAGAAAUUUGCUGAAUACACUCACAAGUCUCCCAGAGUCCAGUCUCUGAUUCUGUGCAACGCUUUCAGCGACACUUCCAUUUUCAACCAGACAUGGACGGCAAACAGCUUUUGGCUAAUGCCUGCCUUCAUGCUGAAGAAAAUUGUCCUUGGGAAUUUUGCAUCUGGUCCUGUAGAUACCGAAAUGGCUGAUGGCAUUGAUUUCAUGGUUGAUAGGCUGGAAAGCCUGGGUCAGAGUGAGCUCGCUUCAAGACUUACCCUCAACUGCCAAAAUUCCUACGUGGAACCUCAUAAAAUCAGAGACAUUCCUGUGACUAUCAUGGAUGUGUUUGACCAGAGUGCUCUUUCCACCGAAGCAAAAGAAGAGAUGUAUAAGCUGUACCCCAAUGCUAGGAGAGCUCACCUCAAGACAGGGGGCAAUUUCCCAUAUCUUUGCAGGAGUGCCGAAGUAAACCUCUACGUCCAAAUCCACCUACUUCAAUUCCACGGUACUAGAUAUGCCGCAAUUGACCCUUCCAUGGUCAGCGCAGAAGAACUUGAAGUCCAGAAAGCCAAUCUCCAGGCCAGCAGUGAGCAAGAGCAGCAGCAGCAGCAGCAGCAGUCAUAGUCCUUGGGACUUGCAGAAUCUCUUCAUCCAGAGGGUCUUAUCCUUUUCUUCUUCUUUUGGAAGUCUUCCCAUCCAAUUGCAUCUUUUUCAGUUUGCCUUGAUUCCUUAGUACUUAACCGGUUAGAACUGUGUCCUUUAAAAUAGGUUGGACUGAUUUCAUUAAAUGAAAUGCAACUACGGACACUCGGUCACAUCAGUUUAAAUGAGCUGAAUUCAGAUUAUUAAAAAAGAGUUAAGGGUAUCACUUUGGAUGACUUGUUUUAGAAACAACAGUCUGAGAUGAACUUUUGCUACCAAAGCCUUCACGAUUGUGUUCUUAAAGAGGAUAAUCUUAUAUAUCCAUGCAGAGAGGGGGAUGUAUGUAUCAUGAGUGAAUUAUGUAUGUCUGCAAGUUCACUUACAAUUCAUAGGAUAUUUAGUUUAAAAAACUCUGUUGAAGUGCCAAUAUUCCUAUUAUUAUUUUUCUUUUAUAUGGUUGCCAGUUAAUGCUUUAAUUUGAGAUUAUAACGCAUUUGUUUUUUAUUGUCUUGCUUUCUAAUUUUUUUUGAAUAAAAAUUCAGUUUAGGAAAAAAGGCUCCUCUGCCAUCAA